AUGUCGUCCUCCGGCGCGGUCCUCCCAGCUCCCCCGGCAUAUGUCGAGGUUGACACAAACAUCCCCUCCGCCUUUGAGAAACUUUCCCUAUCCAACAGCCCAUCGGAUCCAUCACCUGAAACAUGCCUUGCCCACCUAAAAUUGCUAUUUGCGAUCCAGGGGAUGAAAGAGGAUGUGGGAUAUAUGGAUGGCCUGUGGGGCCUAUGGGAUAGCCGUGCUGGGCCCCUUGAUCAGUCGGUGCAGGGUGUGGAGGAUAAAAUGCAGGACCAGCAACUCCAAAUUCUCAGCCAGCUUCGAGAGAAGCGCUGGGCUUUAUUUGUUUCAAGAGCGGUGGAGAGAUAUAGAGCAUGGUGGAGACUGCUUGGGGGAAGGCCGCUUCGCGAAGAUGACAUGAUGGCACGGAAUUCAACCGCCUACGUGGAGUUCCCAGGCUCUGCAGGCUCCGAGGGAAUCGAGUGGAGAGAGGAAAUGUUGCCGCCACUUGAUGUCUUGAUGGUCUGGCACACACACAUGCUCAACCCCCGGGCCUUUCUCGAAGACUGCAUGCUAGCCGGCCUACGCGGCUUUUGGUCAACCGGCAUGCCAUGGCGCCUCAUCAAUGCUGCCAUCACCACCUCCUUUGCCUACACCGUUACUCCUGCCUGCAAGACGUCUUGGACGGCUCUCACCGGUUUGGCUUGGUCAAACGUUGACGACCCCCAGACCAUUACCCUCCCCUGCCCCCGAUGCACCACCAACCUCCAGAUUCCCUGGACAACCUGCUCCAACCCACCCGGCUACCCCUUCGACGGCAUCCCGGACCUUACAGGCACCGGCUACGGCGACGGAAAUCUGCAACACCACUGCGACAGUUGCCAAACCACAAUCAACAAACCACUUUUAUGCGUGGCCAAAUUCACCAACGACGUCAAUUGCCUCCUCAACCCUGCAAUCAACCGCCCCAUGCCCGGAACGCUCCUCGACUUGCGCAACGGGAAACCCCCGUUGUCACCCUCGGCCUCAUCGUGGGGCGCCAGCCCGCCAGCCACGUUCCCCAACCGGUUGCUCAAGAAACGCAACGAUAACCCCAAAAUGCAAGUCACCGGACUGAUUGUGAGUGGCGUGCAGCCCACCAUGAACGACGUGCGAGAGAAAGUCGAGAAGAUGGUCCGGCGGAACGGCUCGGGGGCUGGCUCGGGAGUCUAUGUUCGCAAAAUGAUGGCCCGGUACUGGGAUAAUCACAGCCCCUUUGCGCUGGAUCUGUGCUCGGCCAUCAUGAGGCAGGGGGUGUUUGUGGAGAAGAUGCACAAGAUCGACUGGCUGCAUAGUCCCGCGGCGAGGGCCACCAUGGAGCGGCUGGUAGCGAAAUAUCACCGCUUUUUUGAUGUCAUGGCCAAAUACCCGCACAGCGUCGCAGUCCCUACACUGGACGUGGACCUGGCGUGGCAUACGCACCAGCUCAGCCCGGGGGCGUAUUAUCGGUAUUCGGUGGCCAAGACGGACAAGUUCAUUGACCAUGACGACAAGAUCGACGAGGAUGCCCUCGGUGCGCAUUUUGCCUGGACGAGUAAGGCGUAUCAAGACAUGUACGGGGAGGUGUACAGCGAGUGCACAUGCUGGUAUUGCGAGGCAGUCCGGACAGCCGUGAUCAAUCCGAUCGGCAGGCUGCUUGGUAUUUCGACCCAGGAACAGGGUAACUACUUGCUCCCUUUUCCGUUCGUCUCGCUGACAUGGGCUAACCCACCUGGUGACUUUUUAGUCGCGGAGAAUUUCCAUGCUUCUGGACAAGCCCGUCUCCAUCCUCCUGACAAAUCGGCUCACAUCUCGUCACACAACGCAGUCAAGACGGCCCCGGACCUGACUAUUGCCAAACCACGUAGGGAGGUCGUGGAGCGUAGGAUUGCCGAGCGGCAUCGGAGGCGGAUCGAUGAGGCGUACGAGAAGGCCCGGAAACGCGCAGAGUUGAAGGGGAGGACGAUCCCCCCCAAGGGUGAGUAUUACACCCACUGGGGAUUCCCAUAUGCGUACUACGGCCCCUACAUAUCCCCAGUCUGGUACACCCCGGGGUGUAUGAUGAGGAUUCCCCCGGCCAGAUGGCCGGUUGUGAAGAGGGGGCGAGCGGGGCUUGUGCGGCCGGGACGUGUGGAGGGACCGUUGCGUCAGGGGGAUGUGGUAGUUCGGGGACGGGGGGAGGAGUGGAUGGAGGCAGCAGUGGCGGCGGUGGUGGAGGCUGUGGGAGUGGUGGAGGCUCGGGAGGUGGAGGUGGUUGCGGUGGCGGCGGAGGCGGCGGUUGCUAGCCUCUAG